GAGAAAGGGAUGUGAGGCAUUGUUCUCUUCACCCACAGCCUUAGGCUGCCCACUAGUUUAUUUUCAUUUCUUUCUUUCUCUCUCUCUCUCUCUCUCUCUCUCCAUAUUUAUUAGGAGGGCAGUGAGAAAGUUUUAGGCAUCAAAUUCCACAGCUUUUCUUGACAGAGGAACCAAUGGGCAAGCCCAAGCUGAUGGCCUCCAUUAGAGCCCUCCAGCAGACGCUCUGCAACUUCAAGCCCACCUCUUCCCGCUCCUCCUCCUGCCUCUGCGUCCAGCAGUCGCAGACCCACUCCUUCCGCUUCGCCGCCGACGACAUCUACAAGAGCUUCAACUCCAUCUACCUCGACCCCCGCAGUGCCGCCAAAGAAAAAGAAGAAGCGGGUGCGGGAAACGGGGAAGAAGAGCGGGAAAGCCUCCUCCUUCUCCCUCUCCGAGCUAGAGACUCCUCCUCCUUCGACUCCUCCGCCAACCCAUGUUCCUCCUCCGCCGAUUCUUCCUCCGACUCCGUCCUCGACCUCCUGCUCAGCGGCCUGAGCUCCAAGCGCUUCUUCUUCUCCCCCUGCACCACAAAGUCCAUCCUUGAAGAAGCUAAGAAGGUCCACAACGAUGGCUGCGGCGGCGAUGGUGGUGGUGUUGGUGGGGUUCUGGAACCUAACAACGGAGAAGAAGAGUUGGCGUUCUGCAACGACAGCAUUACGAUGUCCAUGAAUUCGGACGACCCAUAUUGGGAUUUCAGGGCGUCCAUGGAGGAGAUGGUGGAAGCUCAUGGGCUGAGGGAUUGGCCGUGUCUCCAGGCGCUGCUGCAGUGCUACCUCAAGCUCAAUGACAAGAAGACGCACCGGAUCAUCGUCUGCGCUUUCAUCGAUCUCAUCAUAAACAUCCUUGACGACGCCGGAGGAAUUCGAACAAGAAGCUCAUCAAGCGAGGCGAGGAACUUAAAGAGGUUUUCCUGCAACUUGACUCUGUGCUGCAGUCAGGCAUGGCGGUUCUAUGCCGUUGUCGACGCCCCUUGGCCUUGCACGUAAUGCCAAACAGGACAAGCCGGGAACGGAGCCCGCCCCCGAUCGAGCUCUUCUCCUAUGAUAGCGUACAGCCUUCUGCCUUCUGAUGAUGGCAUUGUGACAGUUUCCUCUCAGACAUGGCGUUAUUUCUAAUCUCUCUCAUGAGAAACUACAUUGUAAGAUCGGCAGUCUGAUUAUUCUAACUCUUGUGCCUAUAUUUUAUCUUUUUAUAUAUAAACUUCAGCCUCUCCCACUUAUUUAUAGA